GAUGUGUGUGGUUGCACAGUGCGAGGUCAUGACAUUCAAGAUGGCGGCGCCCAGGAUGAAAUUUUUCGAUUGAGUCAAAAACUUGUGAUUUUAGGAAUCAAAACGCCGAAAUUCACACUACUGUGAUUCAUAAAACGUGGUUACUAAACGCCUAGUUGCCAUCUAAGUGUGCUGACCAUGGGGAAACGUUACUACUGUGACUUCUGUGACCGAUCCUUCCCUGACAACCUGCCCGGCAGGAAGAAACACCUACAGGGUGUCCAGCACCAGCGGGUCAGGAAACUACACUAUGACCAGUUCAGAGAUGCUGCUGCAAUCCUGGCAGAUGAGGCUGUGAAGAAACCUUGCAAGAAAUUUCAGAGAACAGGAGAAUGUGACUAUGGUGACAACUGUCGAUUCUCCCACAUGACUCCUGACAAACUCAGCGCUCUACAGGAACAAGCAGAAGCUGAUAAGAGACCUAAGCUUGAGGACAGAGUGCCUACACUAGCAGACUGGUUAUCCAAGAGAGCACAGAGGGACCAGUCCUCCCGUGGACACACUGACUCUUCAAACCAGAACCAGUCAGCAGAAAACAUACCUGCACAUGUAGAGUACUCCCUACCCCCUGGGUUUCCCCCUCUACAUGAACUGCCACCCUCAUUACACCCCCCUCCCCCAGGGGGGUGGCCAGAUCAUCAUCCUAGUGUGGAGUGGGGCUGAUAAAGCCAUGGUAACAAUACAUGUAUUUGAUUACUACAUGUAGUAUGGUUUAGGAAUGUCGCAAAAGGUAUAGCAUGCAUAGUUCAGUGGUUAGUGAGUCCCUCUGGUCCAAGAGGUCGAUUCCUGACCGUUGUUGCUCACCUGACAUGUAGGCUACUGUAAAGGGUUGCAGUCCAGCCAGUAGAAGAUUAGCUCUUCCGUGAGCUAAACUGGUUUGAGAUCACUUUCAACCUAAGCUAAAUAAACUUAUACAAAAGCA